AUGCUUUCCUUUCAUUUCGGGGAGACUCGGGGUCAGCCAGCAGAUGCUUCCUCCUAUGUGGUCCAUGGCAUUCAGAACCCCAGCUACCGGCGGUGUCAGGCGAACAACUGGACAGGACGGCUCAGCCUCUCCGCACUGGCUACAGUCCCGGCCAGAGCAGCAGCCCCCCAUCCACCGACCACCUCUGCUGCCCCCUCCAUCAGCCCUGCCACCCCGCCACAGGGGCUGAAGCACUGGGAAGCGGUGUCAGUACUGAGGGACUUGGUACCUAGAGUCUUGGGGCCAGCCCAGGCACGUGGGACGUUGCUUCAGGCAAAGCUGUGGCUCCUCCAGGACAGCUUCAGCACUCACCAUCGCCUCUUGCUGUCUCUGAGACCUGGGCAGAGGCUCAGGAUGGAAGUCACCGCUCCUGACCCGACCUCGCCGGCCGCUCUGGUGGAAGCGGAGGACGGGGAGAGCAGAGCUCGAGAGGGCCAGGAACACCCGCAGCAGCAGCUGCAGCCGCGCCCCAAGCCUUUAACCUCCACCCGGCCCCACGCAAAGUAUGUGCAGAUGUCUGCUUCGGGGGCAGCCAGGAGGGAGAGCCCCCCAGCCAGGAAACUCACGCGGGAGUCCUGUCUAGGGGAUCCGAAGAGCCCGAAGGAAAAAGCCCAGGAUGAGUCCAGCAGUGGGGAGGGCGGCCACGGCGACCCGCAGAAGAACCUGGCCUGCAGCAACCAGCUCUCCCGGCCCGAGGACGCCGCUGGCUCUUCCUCCUCCUCCUCCCCGGUGGGCAAGGCGGAAGGUGAAGAUCUUCCCCAAAUGGAUGAUUCCACCCAAACCUCACAGACUCCGGCCACCUCCUCCUCAUCCUUAGGCUUUGAGAGUGAGCCCGAAGCCAGCUGCCUACCCAGGGGAGAAGAAGGAGGAGGGCAAGAAGGGGAAGGGGAUGAAACCGAGUGCGGGGCCAUGAUUGUCAAAUCUCAGGGCCACCGGGUCCCCCCGAAUAAUGAAGAGGCCCACUACAUCACCACCCAUGAGAUCCAGCUGAGCGAGGUGGAGCAGGACAUGGACUUCGAUGUGGGGCUGGCCUCCCGGUGGGACUUCGAGGACGACAACGUGAUCUACUCAUUCGUGGACUAUGCUUCCUUCGGUGGCAGUGACGAGACCCCAGGAGACGUCACCACCCCCACGGAAGAGGACGAUGACAACAGCUGCUACCUUAGCACCAGUCCAAGCCCCACGCUCACCCGGACACCCAGCCUCACCAGCAGUGACCUGGCUCGUCCCAACGCAGGCAGCACCGGCCGGGACACAGGCAGCACGGAGGUGGGCAGUGAUCGCUCUGACAGCGAGCCCAGCCCCCCACCCACUAGGCCUGGCCCUGCUGCUCUGCUAGAACCCUUGCUGGAGCUCAGAGAGGUAGGAUCAGGGGCAGCUACCACCACCACCACCACCACCACCACCACCACCACUACCACUGCUGCCACCACCACUAGCAGCUGUGGGAGUGCAGCAAGCCAGAUCCUCCUAUCAAUCAAACCAACUUCCCGGACUAUAAAUGAGCCUAGCAACGUGCAUGCAAAGCAAAACAUUCUUCACGCUGCCAAGCAUGAAGGCGACAUGAGCCUCCGAGUCUCUGCAGCUGCUGAACACAAUUCAAGUUCUCUGAAGCUCAACUCGGCUGCAGCCGUGGCUCAGGACCAUGCAAAGAAAUUCAUUGCUGUCCCUGCUCGCCUGCAAACCCGGUGCGGGGCCAUCCGCGCCAAGGAGCUGGUGGACUACUCCAGCGGGGCCUCCAGUGCGGUGAGCGAGCUGGACGAUGCCGACAAGGAGGUGCGGAGCCUGACCUCCAGGGCCUUCCGGAGCCUCGCUUAUCCCUACUUCGAAGCCUUAAACAUCAGCUCUCGAGAGUCCUCCACCACCCUCUCCGAAGUGGGCUUUGGACGCUGGUCCACUUUCCUGGACUUGAAAUGCGGCGGGGUUGGAGCCCGGGUGGAGCAGAGCCUCCUGCGGAGCAGCGCUGCCUCGGUGGCCGCAGGCCUGAGGAAAGGGGGCCAGGCCAGGGCGACGGGCGACCAGCUGUACAUCCACUCCAAGAAGUCCCAGACCAAGGCCUUGGAGUUCGUGGUCAGCAAAGUCGAAGGGGAAAUCAAACACGUGGAGACGCCCUUGUGUUUCCAGAAACAGAUCCAGACGGGCUCCCGCGUCGUCACCCUUCUGGAGCCCCUGAAUUUACGCAGCGACAGCAAAGCCAGCUCCGCGACUGGACCUUGCAAGGCCACCCAAGGCCCCUGCAAGGGCCCGGGGUCCGUGUGCACGGAUGAUGGCUCGGAGGCCUCCGAGAGCAGCAAGCCUGCCUCGAGAGCCGAUGGCUCCCAGAAGAAAUCCAAGUUCGCGUCCAGCCUGCUCAAAAAUGUCAUUUCCAAGAAGAUGCAGCGGGAACACGAGUUCAAAAUGGAGAGGGGAGAAGUCACGGACACCUCCCACCACAACCUCCCCGGUGCCUCCCGGGACCCCGAGGGUCCUCCAGGGGCUGAGAAGCCGCGGGACCGGGGUCUGCAGAGGCAGAAUUCCCGCCUCUCAGAGGCAGGCUCCGAGUACACGGUGGUCAGCGUGUCUGAUGCAGGAGGAGACGGAUCUAUGGCCGGGUCUGUGGCCGGCUCUAAAUCCCCAAUUUUCAAAGCCAGCACUCCUCGGGAGAGCAAUGCAGCUUCUGGCCGGAAUCUCCCAGAUGGUCACAUAGAAGUAUGUGAAAUUAAAAAGAGUGCUUCAGAGACAGUGAAGGGCAUCUUCCUUCGUAGUCAGAAUAGUGCGUUCCGUUCUUGGAAGGAGAAAGAGGCUGAGAAACAGGAAGAAAAGGCACCCAUUGGGAAGCUGAAGCUCCUCAAAGGGGGUGACUGGAAGGCUGAUCUUGGGGAGAUCUCUGCCAGCAAGUCCACCAUCAUGUCUCGCCUCUUUGUCCCUAACAUCCAGCAGAUUCCCAAGGACAAUCAGCCAGGAAAGCAAGCCACCAAGUAUUCUGCCGCCCAGGCCACCUCCACCGCGGUGAUCAGGCCCAAGGCUCCCGAAAUCAAGAUCCGUCUGGGAAGUGUACAACAGCCCAGCUCAGACUUCAACAUUGCCAAACUGCUCACACCCAAGCUGGCCGGUGGCACCGCCUCUAAUCUCUUUAAGACCAUCGAGGACAACAGCAGGACACAGCAGAAACUCUUCCGCGGGGACAGUCUGGAGAAAGUGCCCCAAUUCCAGGUGAGAGAUGUCAGAGAAAAAUCCAAGGCUCAAGGGCCACUGCACCAAGUGAGAGAUGUCAGGAAACUAAUCAAAGGGUCAGGGGACAGCAGUGACAAGGGCAGCGUGACCCCAGAGCAGGGGCUGACGGGGCCUAAGCCCAGGCAGCUGGCAGCUGCAGCUGGCGGAUCUAGAUCCUUGUCCCCUAUGGUGAUUACAUGCCAGGCAGUAGUGAACCAGAGAGAAGACAGUGUGGACCGAGAGGCCAGGGAAAACACGGGCAAAGCGGGGGGUGGCAGCAGGGUUCUGAAUUCCUCUUCCCCCGAAGGGACAGUCUUGGUUCACAGGGCAUCUGGCAGGCUGCCCGUGGCCACGAUCGCCCCCAAUAAACCCGAGCAGGGCUCAUACCUGCCCGUGCUCAAGAUCGUCUCCAAGGCUUCAGCUCAGAAGACCCCAGAAAAACCCAAGGAUGAGGAGGUCAAGGAGGAAGGGAAAGCCCCAAAGCCGGCCCGGAAUGCUCUGGAAAAGCUGACUGCUGCGGUGAGAUCCAUGGAAGAGCUGUACAGCUUCAAUAGGAACGAGUGGAAACGCAAAAGCGACCCUUUUCCUGUGAUGGCAGACAGCCAUGUCCUGUCGCUCAUUGCCAGUGAGGAGAGGGAAGGGGGUGCCGGUCCUGAGGGAGACCCCGAGAAGCUGGCCAAACGCUGGGGUGAGGCGGAAGAACGGGCCCCCGGCAGCAAAGCAGGGGUGGUUCUGCGAGCAGCCCCCCUGGAACGUCUCCAGCGGAGAAACUCCAACCCCAGUACUGAGAGCGUGUCUGCCCGGGCAGCUGCCUUCGAGAACAUGGCCAGGGAAAGACCUCGAUCCCUCUAUAUUCCCCCAGUCCACAAGGACUCAGAGAGAACCCCACCCUUCCAGCCGCUCCCACCCCUCCCUGGCAACAGGAACGUCUUCACGGUCAGUGCUAGCAGCACCCAGAAAACGGGGGGUGUCGCAGGCAAGUUCCCACAGGCCCAUUCUCCAGAGAGCCCUUCAGCAGCUAAGGGCAUCAAAUCACAGGGACUCCGGUCCCUUAAGAUUUCUCCAGCCACCCGGGCCCCCCCUGAGCAGGCCACCAACAGGAAAAGUGGCAUCAGUUUGGAGAAGAGCAGCUCUGACUGUGAGAAUUACCUUACCAUCCCUCUUAAAGGAAGCCCUGCUGUUGGAGAACUGUCUGGCAGGCCUGGGGGAGCAAGAGAAGGGCCCCCCAUCUCCUCGGCUGCCACUCUCUGCAGCUUACCCCCUUUGAGUGCCCGCAGUCAGGUCCCCAAUACUCCCAAAGGGUCUCAGGUCAGCGGGACCAGCAGGCCAGCUUGGCGCACCAAACCUGACAACCCCCAGGAGGCAGUAGCUGCUCCUACAGGGCCCCAAAGCCCGGAGCAUCCCCCCACUGCAGUCUACCACCAACAGCAGCUCCCCUUUACCCUCCAGGGGGCCCAGCCACAGGUCCUCUGCUUCUCUCCACCUGGGAUGCCUGCCCCAGCCCCUACAGGCCCACCUGCAGUGCCCACCGACCCCUUCCAGCAACCGCAGCCUCCACAGACGCAGCGCAAGAUGCUCCUGGAUGUGACCACUGGCCAGUACUAUCUGGUGGACACACCGGUUCAGCCCAUGACCCGGAGGUUGUUCGACCCCGAGACAGGCCAGUACGUGGAUGUCCCCAUGACCUCGCAGCAGCAGGCUGUGGCUCCCAUGUCCCUCCCUGUGCCACCUCUGGCCCUGAGUCCCGGGGCCUACGGACCCACCUAUAUGAUCUACCCUGGGUUUCUGCCCACGGUGCUGCCCACCAAUGCCAUGCAGCCCACUCCGAUCGCUCACACUCCAGGGAGCGGGGAGCUCUCCAUGGCCGCAGAGCCCCCCAACAAAGAGGCAGCUUCAACCUUCUCCGAGGCCCCCUAUUUUAUGGCCUCUGGUCAGUCUCCGGCCUCUUCUUCCGCCUCCACCGCAGCAGCCACAUCCCAGCUCGUGGGGGCCAAGGGUUUUGCCCAGCUGCAUGGCAAACCUGUCAUCAGCAUUACUUCGCAGCCCCUGGGGCCACGGAUCAUCGCCCCCCCUUCCUUCGAUGGCACCACCAUGAGCUUUGUGGUAGAGCACAGAUGACCCAGAGCCGUCACCCGGAAGCAGAACAGAGCCGCCGCUGGAGCAAGACAGAAAUAUGGACUGUUCUCCAAUUGGAAAGUUGCAUUGUAGUGCUAAAAAAUUCAUCUGCAAAACCUUUUCACAUGUGUUUUGAUUCAUUUUUGCUUCUUAUAAGCCACGUAUGCAAGUUUCUAUAUUUUCCUGAACAACUCUUUUAAGGCAGUUUUGUUAUUUCAGUUUUACUAAGAUGAUUGAAUGGUUGCUCCCCCCCAGGGGGGACAAACCCCCAAAUUGUUUAUACUUAAUACAGGAUAUAUGUUUCUUAUUCACCUCUUACCCUUCUGCACUGUGACCAGGCAAACAAUCCGUCAAGCUUAGCAUGGCUCAUUGAAAACACAGCAGAAUGGGAUUGAUGUUGUGUAAAUCAAGUCAGCAAGUCAAUCAUUUGAAUGACACAUCACUUUAUAGGUUCUUGGAUUCUCUCCAAUGUAGCUAGCAGAGCAGUAGCGUGUAUUUAGGUUUUAAAUAGAUGUGUCUGCGUUUUGAGUCCUAUGUUGUCUGUACCUCAUUCUUUGGGUUGGGUUCUCUAGGUUCUUUUAUCGGAUCUGGCAUAAUAUCAAAUGGGAUUGUGAAAAAAAUAGUGUUUUUAUGUUUCAUUUUGUUACAUUUAUUUGCCAUUUGUAUAAUAUCAUGACACUGUUUGUUGCCUUAAAACAGAAUAGCUGGAAAUACGGGACAACCAGCCAGUGCAUUUAAAAUUUUAAUUAGUCUGAGCGGUAUAAAAUAUUCCGUUCCCUUUAAGAAAUCAACUUCUGCUAGGAGCGGGCAGAGUUUGCUUCUUCAGUGACCCUUCAGGGCCACACCCUCCUGCUCUAUACAUUGUUUAGAGUCUGAGGAAUUCUCUGUCACAGAAAGAAGAGGAACCCUGAUACAUCUAUCCUUAGUCAUCCCCAGAGCCAAUACUUUGAAUGGCAGAAUUUUCUCCUCCUGAGGUGGGUUUGAAGAGAUGAACUUGUAUUCAUAUUCCAUGCUGUCUGUGUAACCGACUCGGAAGGCCAUGGAAGGGAAUGUUCAUAGCAGGUCUAGAAGGAUUGACAGAAUAGACACACAUUUGGCUUGUCACAGCUAAGAACUGCGUCAGGAGAACAGUGAGUGUUAUAGUGAAAUAGUUAUUACUUUCCAAAGCAAUGUCCCUGUGAAAGCUUGAACAUUCUCUUGGACUUUAAGGAAUCUCCUUCUGUUUCCUUCUCUGUAUAAAUCUAAAACAUUCUGCUAUUUGUAUG